CAUUGGCCCGAAGUUGGGUGUUUAGUGUUUACUGCCCCGGCAGGAAGUGCCAAUCGACCGAUGAGCGUGCGUCAGGUUUCGUGAAUGAUGGCAAGGGUCCAUGCACCUUAUUCCAAAGAAAUCGCACAGCCAAACACCAUCGACCUACACGGAACGUAAGGUCAAUGAACGAAGAAACUGGGUACCACUUGGCUGUUGUGCUGGCGGGGAGGGGGCAGACUUGUCGAUAAUUAUGGCCGAGUCGCCGCCAGCAGCCGGGUGGGUCAGUUGAGUGCGAGCGGCCUUGGGGCUUGCACGUGCUGGGUGGAGUGUCCUUCAGUGUAGUCGACACGGAAAGUAUGUGACGUCCAGUGCAUUGAGUGACGCCGAGCGAAAAGGACAGGGAAGUCGGACUUUUGGAGGUAGGUAUGCCAUCACGACCAAGUGAAGAAUCGAAAGUGCACAGUAAAUUGGAGAUAGCGAAACGGAGGAAUGAUGAAACUUCUUGCAAUAAUGCCUGAAAGACGGAGAGGAACUAACAGGCACAGAUAUCAGCUCGAAAUCGGGGUUGCUUCAAGUCCUGAGUGACCAUCUCCCGUCCCACUUCUAGAUGUACUCCAACAACCGAGCUAACGCACUCAGGGCGGAGGCCGGACGUCAGCAGGUGGCCCGGGCGGCCCCGGCUGGCCGCACCAGACGAGCAUCGGAAGGUGCCACAAACCGCUACCGCGGGCUGGUCCGAGACCCACCGAUAGAGAAGGCCAAGGAUUCUCCCAGAGAUUCACCGAGAGACCCACCAAGAGACCCGCCCAAACAGCCACCUACAGAUACCCCGAGACAGCAAGUCAGCGACCCGCCCAAGGAUACACCCAAAGACAUGGUUAGUUUGGGGCCUUCUCCGGACCGAAGAUUCGCCAACAUGAGUCUAGAUGAGCUACUGAAGUUGUCAGACGACAAGCCGUACUCUGUGAGUGUUAACAUCAUGUACGGCCAGCCCCCACCUCAGGUGCUACCUCAGGCUCUGACUACGUCCGCCCUGCCGGCGCCGGUGACUUUGACUUCAGACACCAAGGAGGAGGAUUCUGAGGAGUCAGAAGCUCCGCUGCCAGCGAAGGAGCCACCAGAGUCGGUCAAGGAGCCACCGGAGCUGGUGGAGUCGGAGGAGCGGCAUCUCUCUGUUCUGGGAGCGGGAGACUACGGUCGCGCGCUGGCUGGCCGGGCAGCUCUCUGUGGCUGGAGGGUGACUCUGGGCAGCCGAAGACCCACCCGGGUGCCAGCUCUCGCGGAGGAUGCUGAUGUGACGGUGGUCUCUACUGAGAAGGCAGCGGCGGCGGCCGACCUCUUGGUCGUCUGCGUACCAGCGCAUUUCUACCACUCACUACCGCUCGAUCUGUUAGCCAACAAGGUGGUGGUGGACGUCAGCAACGGCGUCUCAGCUGAGGAGGUGAGCCAACUAGCCAACGCCGAGAGGCUCCAGGCGCUGGCGCCCACCGCCAAAGUCGUCAAAGCGUUCAACGUGGUGUCAGCGUACGCGCUGGAGCGCGGUCUUCAGGCCGGCAAACAGGUGAUGGUGGCCGGAGAGUCAGCAUCAGCCCGUCGGCGCGUGGCCGGUCUCGUGUCCGACCUAGGCUUCUUCCCGGUGGACUCGGGAGGUCUGCGCGCCGCGCGGCGGAUCGAGACACUCCCGCUACAGCUGUUCCCCGCCUGGCGAGUUCCUGGCCUUCUCUGUCUGCUGAUGUUCAUGCUCAGCUACAUCUACCUGCUGCUGAGUGACCAGGUGUGUCUGACGGCCGAGGCCGGAGGACCGUGGACGCCGGAGGUGUUCCAGCCAUUGCUCAUGGUGAACAUCAACAAGGCCCUGGCGAUGACGGCCGGCACGACGCUGGCGGCCACCUACCUGGCGGGCGUGGUGGCCGCCUAUCUACAGCUGCUGCGAGGCACAAAGUACCGCCGCUUCCCUGGCUGGCUGGACAACUGGCUCCGUAUGAGGAAGCAGCUCGGCCUCCUGAUGCUGGCCAUGGCAGCGAUGCACGCGUGUAUGUCGGCGGCAGUGUGGUCGCCGCGAUACUUGCCGCUCGCCUAUCAACCACCGACACUAAUCGAGGCAGAGGUGGUGGUCGCAGAGAACGAGACCGAGACCCAGCAAGUGGCCGUCUUCAACCGCGGCAUGCACUGGCGCGGGGAGACGUUCCUGUCGGCCGGCGCUGUGGCGCUCUCACUGCUCUCGGUCAUCGGGAUCACCUCUCUGCCGAGCGUGGGCGCCUCGCUCAGCUGGCGCGAGUUCAUGUUCGUGCAGUCGGGUCUGGGCUGGGCCGCCCUGGUGGCCGCUACCGCUCACGCCCUGGUGCUGGCGCUCACCCCGCAGACGCUGGAGGUGCGCUGUAUGGCGCCGCCGCCGCUCCAGGUCAGCCUCUAUCUACCGAUGCUGACGGUGCUGCUGAAGCUGCCGCUACUGGUGCCACCCGUGGCACGUCACCUCAGCGACAUCCGCGGUGGACACGAGCGUCGACGGGCUGCGGUGGCACCGGCCUCACCGCCCUGAGACCGGGCACGGUUCUGAGUCGGCACUGCCCCGAGACCUGGCAUGGUCCUGGGACUAGGGCUGCUCCUGAGACAGCUGGCACGGUCCCGAAUCAGCACUGCCCUGAGAUCUGGCGAGAUCCGCAGCUACCUGGUACGGUCCAGCUGAAGGGUCUGUCCUUGGGACCGACAAGACCCCGAGCCGGGCCCGGGAUUGUCAGCCAGAGUUCCACUGUACCAGAGUUCCUGUUGCUCGACUGUCGCCGAGAAUCCUUAUUUCCUCCAGCGCAGCACUAUCCUGUUUACCAUCAAGACCCAUUUACUGCGAGAGCAGACAUUCAACUCGUCGCGAGAGCUGUCUCCGUAAUUUUGAGAUUGUUCCAUAAUUAGACAGUAGACUGUUCCUGAUUGAUUCAAUUGUUCCGGAGUCCGACUGUUCGUUCGCCGAGCCUACGAUUGUCAUUUCAGACCCUGGACUAACUUCCGCUAUCCAUACCUUACCCCCCCCCCCUCCCUGACCCUCAUCCCAGAAUUCUAUAAAAAAAAAUUGACUUCUUAUCUCACUUAUAUGUAAAUAGCAACGCUUCAAAUUCAUGACGUCAUUGAUAUUAAGAGGUCUUUGGUUAUAGACGUUUCAGCAUGCUGACGGGCGACGGCCGAAACUUGCAUCCAUAGACAAAUACAUAUUUCAGGCGUGCCAA